GCCUAACUAAUCGUUCUGAUUGAAAACCGCACCCAUAGAAAGGUUGUGUAUAUCCCCAAACCCAGAGAAGGCAUCGUUUUAUCAAGAACUAGUAUAGAGCUUUUCUUUCCUUUAUUUCUGUGGGAGUGGAAGGUGCAUAUGUGAUGGCGUCAGCUGGGCUGCAAAUUUUGGGCAUUGCCCUAGCCGUUAUCGGAUGGAUUGGGGUUAUCAUAAUCUGCGCCCUUCCUAUGUGGAAAGUGACCGCUUUUAUCGGCAACAACAUUGUAACCGCUCAGAUUAGCUGGGAAGGCCUGUGGAUGAACUGUGUGGUGCAGAGUACGGGACAGAUGCAGUGCAAAGUAUACGACUCCAUGCUGGCUCUGCCGCGGGACCUACAGGCAGCCCGCGCACUGGUCGUCAUUUCGGUGCUCGUGGCCCUAUUCGGAAUUCUGUUGUCGGUUGCUGGGGGCAAGUGCACGAACUGCGUUGAAGAGGGAUCGGCUAAAUCUAGAGUCUCUAUCGCCUCGGGGGUAUGUUUCAUCUUGGGUGGAAUCCUUUGUCUUAUCCCCGUCUGUUGGUCUGCGAACACUAUUAUUCGAGAUUUCUACAACCCUAUGCUCGUCGACGCUCAGAGACGGGAGCUUGGCGCAUCGUUGUUCAUUGGCUGGGGAGCUGCGGGACUGCUGCUAAUCGGCGGAGCCAUUCAAUGCUGCCAAUGCCCACCGAGGGAAGACCGCCGGUACACUGCCAAGUAUACCGCCGCAAAGUCUAACGCAGGUGGAGGGGCCUACGUGUGAUUCUGCCUUGCUUGAAAAGAUUCCCAUUCAGUCGACUCCAUGGUGUAUCUGUUUGCGGCAAAUGUAUUGUGGCUUGUUUUUCGUUUUUAUCUUUCUGUUGUGAAUUGCCAAAUAAAUUAUUUACUUUUUAA